AUGAACAUGGGCAUCGUUAGUAGAAACACAUUCUUCCAGACCAGAAUGCCUACUGCGUGGAUGCCAUUAAAGUUUUUUGGAUGGAGGAGAGGGCAGCAGUAAUCCAGCGGCUUGCUACACAAGAAGGUGUUGUGGCCCUUGCUGAUGGAAGAAUGGACAGCCCUGGUCACUGUGCACAGUAUUGCACCUACACAGCCAUGGACAAUGAAAGCAAGGACAUCAUUUCGGUGAUCACAGUUGAUAAACGAGAAACUCAGAGAAAGUCUGUCCUAAUGGAGAAAGAGGCCUUUAUCAGGACCAUGGAUAUUCUCAUGAGUGAAGUCAACCUGAAAGAGAUUUGUACAGAUGCGCAUGUACAAAUCUCUGCACUUAUGAGCAAGGGAAAAAAUAAGGACACUGGCAUAUUUCACAGUCUGGACAUGUGGCAUGGUGCCAAAAGUUUUGCAAAGACGAUUGUGACAGCAGGACAGCAACGCGGCAUGAACAUUCUCCUUCUAUGGGUCAAGGACAUUGUAAACCACUUUUGGUGGUGCUGCAAAAAAGCAACAACCCAUCUGCAGUUCAUGGACCUUUGGAUGGGGAUCCUCCAUCAUGUUGCCAAUGAGCAUGAGUGGGUCAUGGGCAGAUGCCAGCAUGACUGCCUUGCAGCAGACCAGACAACGACCUGGAUUGAGAGGGGGACCAGGGCUCACGACACCCUAACCAGCAUUGUGAAAGACAAACGGUGGCUAAAAAAUGUCCAUAAGUUCCUGAACUUCAAGUGAAUACUUUUUCAUUUUUUUUUUCACAUAUACAGACACACACAUAUCCAUGCAGCACUAGGACAGACGACCACAGCCUCUGUGUUUGUGUAGAAAGUGACAUUUUCAGUACAAAUCAUCCCCUUUGGCCCUCCCAAACAUAGAUAUGUAUACGUGGACACAGAAUUCACCUUAGGAUCUGUAGUGUAAAAGUUAAUCCCUAAUCAAGUAAAAGUGUUAUACUGCAUAAGUUGAUUAAGAGACAAAAGCCACAUAACCACCAUAUAACCAUGUUUUAUGUAUAAGUUCCUAUAAAACUGAUUGAGAUGCAUCUAUAUGUGUUAAAGCAAUGUUAUACAUGUCAAAGUGUUCACAAUACAAAGUUAUGAGCUCACAUUGUAUUCACAUACUGAAGAGCACACAUAUAACCUAUCAUGUUCUGUUUAAUGAUAACACACACACACAUUCAAAUGUUUGUAUUACCUGAUGCACAUUUAAAGGUUCACAUUGCAUAAGAGCACAAGGGACUGCAUAAAGAAAGUCCCUAAAAUUCACAUGUUUUUUAAAAAAUAAAGUGAAAGUAGAUCCAGAUGUAAGGGUGGAAAAUUUGGGAAACUCCAGGCCCAAAGUGAAACUCCAGGCCCAAAGUGAAAGUGAUUACACCAUUAAAAACGGGCCUGUUCAUGAUUGGACAAAAGGAAAAAAGCUUGCCACCAAUAGAUUUGGAUUUGAGUGGGAUGGAUUAAUGAAAAGAGGUGGAGACUCUACCCAGUCUCCACCAGCAUAAAAGCGAGUGUACUAAGAGCGAGUUUUCAGUCCUGCUCCAGGGCUUGACUCAUGAGUUCUAUGUGUUGAAGCUUGUGAACACAUUAAACUCAAUUGCAUCGGACUCUGCCUGUCUCCAGUGUUUCUUUGAGUAUUAAUUAGAUGAACCCAAGGUACUAAACUGACAUCAGAGGACAACUGAGAAGCAACGCUGAGGACAAGGUCGGGAGCCUCCAGGCCCAAUUCCGGGCACCGAUUUUUGCCUCUUCAAGUGGCGAGCGCAGCCAGGAGGGAAGGAAGGUCGGAGCCGGAGACUGGGAGCACUGGGCUGUACGCCAGACACACAGGUGGCCACCAAAUAAGGUAAGCAGAGCUUUUUUCUGUCUAAACCGGGUGUGUCUGGGGUGCAGUGCUGGGAGCCGCCCAGGUCAAAGGUAUUUGACAGAUUCCUCUCCUAAAGAACCUAAUUAUGAUGUAUUGAUUAAUUGGAAAGUAGCUAGAGAUACCACUGAAAAGGCAACUAACAUCACUGGAGACGGUUGGGUCUGCUGCAAUAAGUGUGAUCGUGGAGCAGAAAGAGUGAAUGUGUGUGUGUUGAAUGUAUGAUAAUUAAUGAGGAAAUGAAAUACAAGCAGUAGGAUAGUUAAAGUAUCUAAAGUAUUUAAAGUAUUAAGAGGAAGUGCACGACAAAAAACCUGUAAGAGUUAAAACAGGGAAGAGAAAAAGAAACCGGUAAAAGAGUUGAAAAAGUAAGAGAAACAGAGAUAUACAAAAGCAUAUCCGUGGAUACCGCUGCCUAUCUUGACGGCACACCUUUAAGCCUGUAGGGGCAGGUGUGUUGUGUCGGACGGCAGGUCUGCACAGGCGGAAUGCUAGAAGUUGAGAGAAAAAUAAAGAGUUAAAAAGACAUAAAGCUUCUGUGGAUACCGCUGUUUAAAGGGUGACCUCUCAGCCAAGAGGGCGGGGGAGUCGCCACAGACAAACAGGACUGAACGGGCAGAACGCUAAAAAGUUAAGAGAUAAAGAGAACAGUCAGCAGAUCGAUCAAAGUGUAAAAAUUGUAAAAACCUAACUGUAAGCUAUAAAGUUGCUGUACAUACUUUGUAACAUAUCUAAGUGUAACAAAUAAGUUGUAGUAAAUAAAAUAUAAUCUAUCUUAGAAUGACAAGUAAAGUGUUGUAUAAAGUGUUGUAAAUACAGUAAAGUGCUGAAUAAAAUGUAACUGUAAAAAGACUGAUAAACUAUUAGACGACUGACCUAACAGAGAGUACGAAAGGAGGGGGUGAGGAAUAGAGCCAGCAGAGAGUGAGGAAGAGAGCCAGCAGAAAGGAGUUAACCAAUAAAUCAAACUGUUGUAGAAGAAUUUGAGGAGGUGAGCUCAGGGAGAGAAACACAGAGCGUCUAAAAAUAGAUGGAAGAGGGAGAGAUUAUUGAAGACGAGAUUUGGGGAGAAGAACACUGUCUGACCGAGGGUCCAGUAGAACACAGAGGGAUAUGCACACACUUUUGGCUGGAAAGAACCUACUUAGAUAAGGAGGGGGCUGAGCGUUGGCAGGACGAGCAAAAAAAUCAAACAGAAGCUCCGGCAAAUCACUAAGUUCAUCAACUUGAAAAAAGUAAAAGAACAGUUUCCAGGUGCCCCGUGGGAAGAGAUUUUGCGUAGAUUGUGGGUCCCUUAUUCACUAAAUCCUCUAUUACAGAGCUUGUGUGAUAAUUAUAAGAACGGACCAGUAGCUUCACUUCCUCUACACCAGAUAAGUAUACGAGGCCAAGACUGUGUGAGAUACCCUCCACGGCUGCAAUUUGUUGUUGUGCCCAGAAAAGUUGAGUGGGAAACAGGUAAAUUUGGGUGUUUAACCCCGGUUCCCCAAGGGGACGGGUCACACAAAUUAGAGUACAACCCAUACAGAGAAAAGAAAUAUAAAACUGCCAUAACAGUAGGGAAAAUCAUAGUACUAAUACGCACAAAAGAGACAGACGAACUGCCAGAGAUCCCAAGAACCAGUGAAGUGAAACAGGGCUUCAUGGGAGCCAAUCAGGAAAAAAUGGAAAAAAGGGUUUUAACCCCAGUGGAGAUAGUAAUGAGACAACACCCAAGUUGGGUGAAGCGCAUCCAAUGUUGUGUGGCAAAGUGGCACAAAAGAACAUCAGGAAAGAAUCGUUGGCCUAUGGAUGGUACUUUCAAUCUGGCAAUCUGGCUGUGAUGAAGUAGAGUCAGAGUUGAGGCAUAAAGAAGCCCGAGACACUAAAGCUAGCUAUAAAUAUGGUUGGGAUGGUUUAAACAAGCUGGGGCAAAAAUAAUGGUGCAGCUGGAGGAGAAGGAAAAAGAACAUCAGGAUCAGGACAAGGUGACGCCUGCAGCCCCUGUGACACCUACAGCACCACCCUUACCCACACCACCACCACCCCCAUACCCACAAGAUCCAACACAGCCAGCAAUGGGACAAUAUCCACUAAGACAUUCAAAAGCAAUGGAAAUGGAGGGUCAAGUAGAGGGGAAAUUCACAGUGACCUUGACCAAAAAUACCAAACAGAAACCCAACAGGAAGUGACUACAGGGGCCACGACAAAAACUAAAGUUGGAAAUGGAGCCUUCCUCAGAAACUGACAGUACUGACGGAUCGUUGGAUGACGAUGGGGACACGGAAGCCACUGACUUUGACUUAUACACCAAGACGCGUAAUGGCAAGAAGGAAAGACAUGCUGAGCAAUCAACCGACCAGGAGAUGGCAGGCCUCGUCAGUGCAGGAGGCACGCCCCUUAGAGAGAGGCAAGCACACAAAAGGAAAGAGAAGCUGAGGCGACUGAAGGAGGACGGAUACGAGUCCCUCCAUUCCAGCUAUGCGAGCCUCCCUAUGAAAAAGUCUGCUCACCAUUCAAGCUGCUCAAGCCUCCUCUUUGGGGACUCCAAGUCCCCUACUGCAGCAUCACGAAGGAAUGAGGAGGAGGGGCCAGUGUCACAAUCCAGACCCCUGAGUGCUAUAGGGGAACGACAGUGGCAAGAAUGGUUUGAAUGGGAGGCGGAGUGCCGUCAAAGGCGCCAGGAGGAAGAGCGUCAGGGGGCGGCCACCAUCGACCCCACACCUCACCCAAAUCAGAAAAUGAGAAAUGAAUCAUCCAAUGGAUGCGGGGGUCCUGAGGAAGGUGCCUCAGGGGGAGUUUCACCAAAGAGCACCCAAGACCUACAGUUACUUCAAGAACUGGAGGGAGCUGCCCAGAGGGCUGAAGAUAAGGUGCGGCGUAUGACACAGGAGUUGGACAAAUUAGAGGAGCGGCUGGAGGAGCAUAGAGCUUCUCAACAGAGACAGAGGGAACCCCAAGUUAGCCCCUCAACAGAGCAUAUCACUCUGACACUCCAAGGCACUAUGGAAACCGAUAGAGCACGGUCAAAGGAAGCACAGGCUACUGACAAAGGGCAGAAAAUAGACAGAAGAAGCCAAAACCGAGAUGGCAUGACAUUAAGAAGUGGGAAAUCAGUAGGAGGUGACUUACUGCUGGACCUGUCAGAUGAAGAGAGAGAAGAAGGUUCCAUGUGCCCCAUUAUAACAAAAACUAGUGGAAGAACACAGUAUGAGCCCUGGCCCUUCAUGGACAUGAUAGGCCUGGCAGAGCGCCUACCAGUGCUCACAGAUGGAGCUGACAAAUGGAUCAUGGCUUUAGAAGAAACCACAGCUGGUAUACAGUUGGUAGUAGGAGAUAUCAAGGCUAUUCUCACCUAUGUGGCAGGAAAACAAACCACCAAGGAGAUAUUUACAGACGCUGGCUUAAGUACAGCCAUUGGCACCAAUGUAAAUGACGGGGUGAAUUUUGGAGGCUACCGUUCCCGGGUGUGGCAACAACUGAGAGCACACUACCCAGCAAAAAGAGACCCCUCCAAGCCGGAGGGAGAAACCAUGGGGGAAGAUGAAUGUCCCUCCAAGUUCCUACACAGCUUCCAGAAAAGGUGGAAGGAAGAGACAGGGGAAGCAUGGAAUGCUAAUAAAACGACUCAGAGCUUGUUCAAAAUGAUGGUUAAAAAAGCCAUGCCAGAGGAUGUACAGCGACACCUGGAAGGCGUUGUAGGAUUGAUGAAGAUGGACUGGCCACUGUUCUCAGAACAUAUUGUCCAUCAUGUGGAGCUCUACAGAAAAGACAAAAAGAAAAAUGGAAGAGGACAGUAAACAACUAGCCAACAAGCUGACACAGUUACAGCUGGGAGAGCUCAGUAAGCUGGUCAAAAAAAGAAAAAGAGAAAGAAAAAACUAAAGUUCAGGCCCCCAUGGUAACAGCAAACCAAGCAGCUCCCCAGUGUGUCCAGCCCCAAGCGCCUCCGCAGCCAACCCCCACAGACCCAAAUACAGCAGGAAAUGACAAUUCUGCUGGUACCACGCAUCACCAUUAUUACUACCAGCAGCAGGCACCAAGAGGUGGGGGCAACCAGCCGCCCCCAAGAGGACGGGGCAGAGGUGGAGCUAGAGAUACGACGUUCAGGGGAGGCUGGAAGGGGGGCCGGAACUACAUACCAGGAAACCAGCAUAUAUUCCAGCAAACCGCGUCCAACCAGCAACCAGGCCCGCCAGACAUGGGUACAGGUUAUCCAGGAGCUAAUCCUGCCCCACCUGAUAACCUGUGCUGGGGGUGUGGUCAACCAGGUCAUAUACGGGCCCACUGCCCUAGUAAUCCAUGGGACGGUCCAGCACAAAAAUUGGCCCAACACGGAGCAGACACGCCCUUGGUAGGGGUGCCCAGAGAAGCCUGAGGGGGAACUAAUGUCACCAGCAAUAUCACUGCAGUCACAAGAUGAACCAAUUAUACCUGUUGUCAUUCACGAUCGUGAAUACCCUUUCAUGGUGGACACAGGUGCCACAUACUCGUGCAUUGGAAAAGAAGGUUCCAGGUUCCCCCUCUCCACGUCAUCUAUAAAGACAAUAGGCUUCUCUGGGAAAUCACAAGUCAUACCACUGACGGAACCUGUUCCAAUGCUCAUUGCAGGCAAAGUCAUAUGCACGCCACUGCUAUAUUCAGCCCAUACCCCAGUAAACCUAUUAGGAAGAGACAUUCUAUGUCCAUUAAAAGCAAAAAUCAUGUGUACUCAGGAUGGACUGUACUUGGAUUUCCCAGAUGAACCCCCACAACACAUGAUGUCACAGCUUCCCCAGGACGUGACAGAAAAACAACAAGCACUUGCCUAUUGGCUCCGGCUGACACCAGAAGAGUCACAUCUCCAACAAAAAUGGACUGAAUGGGAGGAGUGGAUUCGCAUGCACUAUGACACAGCACACACCUCCACUCUGCCACUGCACUGCACGCUCAUGUACGACAAAGAUCAGACUCAUGUAGAUUACCAGGAAUGUUGGGAUGCAGUAAUCAAUAAGAAACCAUGUCUAAUCACAAGUGAAGAUACGUUUAUGGGGCUGGAAGGUGUGGCGGCGGCUGUCCGCCUUCCGGAAGAUUUGUCUGGGUGGUAUCAAGUACCAACGUCGCACGUCACAUUGUUGGUGGCCAAAGGUUAUGAGUCUCAUCAUCUCGGUCCCAUGGUCAGGCGUGCCCUGCAGGUGCAAGAGUGGGUGCCCACAAAGAACAAGUACAUUCACAUUUCUAAAGAUAAGCAGUUCAUCAGAAUCUCAGUCAAAGUAGGUGAUGAGGCAAUAGCAGACAAGGUAAUGGUAGAUGGAAACACACCUACACAGAUGGCGGUCGCCACAGAACAUGAGGAAAUGCUAAACCAAGUCCCACCACAGUUGUGGACAGCUCACAAGACUGAUGUAGGAUUAAUAAAGUCGGCCCAACCAGUUCACAUUAAGCUAAAACCACACGUAAACCUACCAUAUCAGAAGCAGUAUCCUCUCAAGCAGCAUGCCAUUGAUGGUAUCAGACCAACAAUUAAGGGUUUGGUUGAAGCAGGGGUAUUGGUUAAAACUAAGAGCCCUUGUAACACACCCAUCUUUCCGAUCAGGAAACCAAAUUCAACGGACUACCGUCUAUUCCACGAUCUAAGGGCAGUAAAUGCAGUAGUAGACGGAGAAAUACCACACGUGCCAGAUCCACACACGUUGCUUUCAAACAUCCCACCAGACACCCAGUGGUACACGGUCAUUGAUUUGUGUUCAGCCUUUUUCAGUGUACCACUACAUCCAGAUUCUCAGUAUCUGUUUGCCUUUAUGUACAAGAAUCAACAAUAUACCUAUUCGAGGUUAGCCCAGGGGUUCUUGGAUUCCCCGUCAAUCUUUAAUCGUGUAUUGACACAGGACCUAGCAAGUUUGAAUGUGCGAAGUACAGUGUUGCAGUACGUAGACGAUUUGCUUAUCUGUAGCCUUACAAAAGAACAAUGCGAGAAAGACUCCAUUGCUGUGCUCACAACCCUAGCAGAAGGCGGACACAAGGUCAGCAACAACAAACUGCAGUUCUGCCAACAGUCAGUAGAAUACUUGCGGAGAAGGCUAUGUGGGGACAAAAGGUGUAUUGCACCAUCACAGGUGGAAGCAAUAAUCAAGGCUAUGUGUGUGCCGUCCUGAUGCAGGACACUCCCACAGGUAAACAGCCAUUAGCAUAUUACAGUACCAAGCUUGAUAACAUAGAGACUGGUCUGCCACCCUCCUACCAGGGACUGGCAGCAGCUGUUUUUGCCUUUCAGAAAGCAUCAUUGCUGACCAUGGGACAUCCUGUGACGUUGUACACUUCUCAUCAAAUUCAUGCAUUGUUGACGAGUCCACGAAUCGUUUUAACACAAGCCAGACGUACAGGCUAUGAGGUCAUUUUAUCAGCCCCAGAACUCAACAUUCAGCGUUGCACUAUCAUUAAUCCAGCCACAAAACUGGUGUUACCAACGGAAGGUGCGCCACAUGACUGUAUUCAUGAUACAGAGAAAUUUAUGCGUGCUAGGGAAGAUUUGCAUAAUCAGCCUAUUCCAGCCGAUCUCACAUAGUUUGUUGAUGGAUCAUGUUUUCGUGAUGCCACCGGUAGCCAUGCAGGCUACGGGAUUGUCCAACUUGACAAUAAUGAUCAGAGUUUCGUGACACUAGAAUCAUGCAAACUUGCUCAGCCCUGCUCAGCCCAGCUCGCAGAGAUAAAAGCUUUAACAGCAGCAUGCAAAUUAGCAGAGGGGAAGUCACUAAAUGUGUACACAGAUUCAGCAUACGCCUAUGGUGUUUGCCAUGUUCAUGCUAACAUAUGGAAACAAAGAGGGUUUCGUAGAGCUGACGGCACUCCUGUAACUCAUGGAGCUGCAAUUCUUGAUCUAUUACAAGCCGUGCUUCUUCCCACGGCUUUAGCAGUCAUCAAAUGUCCAGCCCAUCAAAAAACUGAUUCUUUGGUGGCCAAAGGGAAUAAUCUUGCUGAUGAAGCAGCUUAUCAGGCAGCAAUAGGUGCAGUAAUGGCACCUAUAUUGACCAUACAAGACUGUGAAUCCCUCACCUCCCUGCCUUCACUUAAAGCCGCUCAAGAUAGAGUAGAUGAGGCCGAGGCACGCCUAUGGGUAAAACGAGGAGCUAUAAAGAA